AUGUCAGUUACUGUCAAACUCUCCUCCAUUCAUAAUUUUGCAUUUCAGACCUCAAAAAAGUACCGAAAUUCACCAAGGACACGGCAGCCUAAAUCCAAUACGCCCCUAAAAAGAGAUUUGAAAGAUCGAGAGAAGGCCGAGAAGCAGGUAGAGCGGGAGCGUCUGCGUGGGGAGAAAGAGCAGAGGCGUCAGGAGCGCCAAGAGAGGCGGGAGCAAGCGGAGCGUGAGAAGGAGGCUCGCCGAUUGCAGCGAGAGGAGGAGCGAGCAAAGCGCGAAGAGGAGCGCUCAAAGCGAGAGGAGGAGAGGCGGGUAAGAGAGCGCGAGCGAGAGGAUGAGCGGGCACGCAAGGAGGAAGUGCGAGCUCGCAAGGAGGAAGGGAGGAAGGCGAAGGAGGAGGAACGACGCAAGCGAGAGGCGGAGCGUGUGCGGGAGGAGGAGGAGAAGCGGCGAAGGAUGGAAAAGCAACGUGCCCUUCUGAUGGGCUUCUUUGUGCAGCAGGGGAAGCCUGAAAAUCUCACCAUUAGUGGCGCCGGUGGUGGUGGCAGGAGUAGUGACUAUGGCGCUUCUACUUCACCUUUCAUGCAGUUUGAACUGAAGAGGGACCAACGCCAGUCACCCAUCUGCCGAGUGAGGUCGGAGGCACUGAGACACACCAAAUGGCAGAAUGUGGAGGACCUCCGACUCUCCUGGCGAUCGGGUCAUUCCACAGUUGAUGGCUCACGUCUUGGCUUGAUCAAAUUUGGACAGCCUAAUUACCUGCAUGAGCUGCGCACUGGCCGGAUUAAACCACUCUCCUUCCCCCCUACAUGGCCCAUCGAAAUGCCAGACGGAGGAGGUGUGUCAUUGCAGAAUAUGGUCUCCUUGCGCUUUAAUCACGGCGACUCCGGCAACGGAGGCACGGUGUGGAUCAAGGCGAAGCUACUGCAGUUCUUUGAGAACUAUCGCCCUGCUUUCUACGGUACCUGGCGUCGACGCAGCUACGCCAUCGGUCCUCGACGACCCUUCACCAAAGACUGCUACCAGCUCGACUACGAGGUCGAUUCCGACGAUGAGUGGGAAGAAGAGGAGCCGGGAGAAAACAUCUCUCAGUCUGAUGGAGAAGAGGAAGAGGAGGUGGAGGAUGAGGAGGACGAGGACGCCAAGUUCCUUGUGCCCCACGGCUACCUCUCAGACGAUGAGGGCGUUCACGAUGAGGACGACUUGGAAGGCGGGGUCAGUGACAUCGACGAUAGCGGCAACGGUGGUGAGACCGCGGAGAUGAAACGCCUGCGCCAGCGCCUCUCCCUGGCUGAGUACGAGGCGGCGCACAGCCGGGGUCUCCACAAACUUAAACCCCUUCUGCUGGGCCCUGUGUGGACACGGAACCCUCUGGAGGCCUUGCUUCCUGCCGAGGUCCCAGCCAAGGCCACAGGCUACGCAAGCGAUGACGAUAAGGAGAAUCAUAUCCCCCUAAGUACCUCUGAUGACGGAAAGUCAGGGGGUACGACCUGGGCGUUGUCAUCCAAAGAGGAAAUUCAUUUUAUGGGAACUAGCCUAUGUACUUAUAGGGUUUACCUAUGGCCGGGUACAGCACUGCCGAUUGUUCCUCAAACCGAUCCCACUCCUGACAUUCCCUCAGGUGCAAACAAACCAUCCUUAACGGAGCGACCCAAAAAGCGGUUUCCCAGAGAGGCUAUCCCUUACCUUAUCCGCUUGGUGCACAAGAACGCGCUGAGCAGGGUGAAGCUUCAGUUUGAGUUCCGUGUCUUCUGGUUGAAGCACACAUGGACGGGUGAGGGCGAGGCGCCGGGCUGUUGUCUUAGCUAUAAGGAGUACAGUCAAAGUUCCGAGGCCGAGGCGACCGGCACUCCCAACCUGCCCAGUGGCCAACGCGCCGCAGACACGAAGACACAGCAGCAGCUGGGUAACAGCGAUAGCCUCCCACUUUCCAAGACGCUGACCAUGAACAAAAUCAGCGAAAUUGCUGUCUUUGAAGAAGGGCUAUGGCGAGUUCGCCCGGAGGUGUUGAAAACGCACAAGGAUGCCGUGCUGGCUCUCCCGGGUCUGCCAAAAGCCGAUGAGUCGGUCCACGCCAUCACAGAUCCAAACUUUGUCUUCCCUUCUUGGCCCUAUCUCACGGACGUCGCCGUGAACACGAUUAUGAGGCGUAAGUCUCUAGUGCCCUCUGCUGCCGCGUUACAGUCACCGACGCUGCCACCUCAGCCGUCGUCGUCAUCCUUACCCUCUCCCCUCUCCGCCAGCCGCUCGAAAGUGGCCAGGUCGACUAUGGUUAAGAAGAGAGCUACUUUGGAAACCUUCUUUUUGGCUGUACCGCCUCCCUCUGCGAAGCGCAAGAAGACGAGUGGUGAGGUUGAUGAGGUGAACAGUAGCGACAAAGGUAAUGGUGAAGGGGUUGGUGAUCCUUGA